UUCUCAAAUUGACAUUGGUCUGCCUCGAAACAUGAUAACAGAAAAGCCUCCACGCGCUCCGCAUUUUAAGCAAGCGUAAAGACGUUUGUUUAAAAAAAAAAAAAAAAAAGAUAUAAAAAAAAAAGAAAAAAGAAAAAGGGAGCUCGCACCGGAUCGUGGUCCGCGCGCGUCCACGAGGACUAAUAUCGCGCUAAUUUAGUGGCGCGUGCACCUUUCUAGAGCUGCGAGAUAUAUUUCUAGAUCCUUCUAGAAAGUCACCAUGAACGUGCACGCCUUCAUUCGAGCCAGCUUUGGAUUUGUGGGCUUUUGCCUGGUCGCCUUUGUCCAACAGUCCACUUCAGGAAGUAAAACCAGCCAAGAUGUGGACGAGUGUGCAGAGGCGCUUGACAACUGCAGCAUCGACGCCAUCUGCCAGAACACGCUGAAAUCCUACAAGUGUAUCUGCAAGUCAGGCUAUAAAGGGGACGGUAAACAUUGUGAAGAUGUCGACGAGUGUGCAACUGAAUACAACGGCGGCUGUGUCCAUGAGUGCAUCAAUAUCCCAGGAAAUUACAGGUGCACAUGCUAUGAUGGCUUCCGCUUGGCACAUGAUGGGCACAAUUGUCUAGAUGUAGACGAGUGUUCAGAAGGGAACGGCGGAUGCCAGCAGAUCUGUGUCAACAUGAUGGGCAGCUAUGAAUGUCGUUGCAGAGAAGGAUUCCUCUUGAGUGACAACCAACACACCUGCAUCCAGAGGCCCAAAGUGCGACCCGAAGGCGCGAGGGAGGGACCCACCUGCAUGGACAAGAACCAUGGCUGUGCACACAUCUGUAGGGAAACACAGAAGGGUGGCAUCUCCUGUGAAUGCCGACCUGGAUUCCAGCUCACCCGCAAUAUGAAGGACUGUAAAUUGACGUGUAACUAUGGAAAUGGAGGUUGCCAGCACAUCUGUGAGGAGACGGACCACGGCCCCAAGUGUUCAUGCCACAUGAAGUUUGUCCUGCACACCGAUGGCAAGACUUGUGUUGGCGUGGGUGUGCGUGUGCAUGCAGGGGAGAGGAGUGUCCAGUCCCAGGCAGCCCCACAGCUGUUCCCUAAUGAGACGUGUGCAGUGAACAACGGUGGCUGCGAUAGCACGUGUCACGAUUCGGUGACGGGAGUUCGCUGCAGCUGUCCCGUUGGAUUUACUCUGCAGCCGGAUCGCAAGACCUGCAAAGACAUUGACGAGUGCCGUCUCAACAACGGGGGCUGCGACCACGUGUGUCGGAACACAGUGGGCAGCUUUGAGUGCAGCUGCAAGAAAGGAUACAAGCUGCUGACCAAUGAAAGAACAUGUCAAGACAUCGACGAGUGCUCCUUUGACCGUGCCUGCGACCAUUUCUGUGUCAACUCUGCAGGAAGCUUCCAGUGCCUUUGUCACAAGGGCUACGUCCUCUACGGCCUGGCGCACUGCGGAGAUAUUGAUGAAUGCAGUAUAAACCGGGGAGGUUGUAAAUAUGGCUGUAUUAACACUCUGGGGAGCUACGAGUGUACCUGUCCACCUGGGUACAAGCUGCACUGGAACAGAAAAGACUGCAUAGAGCUAGUGAAAUGUCCUCCAGGCCUUGUUGCCCCAAAGGCUACUCUCACCUGUAGCAAGACAGGCAAGAAAGAGAGCUGCUCUCUCACCUGUGCUUCCAAGGCACACUAUCUGGCAGAGUCUGACAACAGCUAUUCUGUGAGCUGCGGAAUACCCAUCGUCAGAGGGAAGUCCCCCGCUAGGCUCAACACCAGCAGCAGUCAGAGCUGCAUAGAGACGUUGGCGCCUCCAGUGAAACAGACAGCGUCAUUCAAGAUUAAAAAUGCCAAAUGCCACCUGCACCCUAAAUUAACUGGCAGGACUGAGGACAGGGGGCGGACUCUAGGACCAGGAGCUGGUCAGCCCUGCAGUAACUGCCUGGUGACGUUUGUCAAUCUCAAAUGUGACUCCUCAAAGAAAUCAAAAGGUCGGCGUGCUCGCAACCCCACUAAUAAAGAGGUAACACGUAUCACUUUGGAGCUGGAAGCCGAGGUCAAAGCCGCAGACACAACAGGAAGUUGUAAUCUCAGCUGCCUAAGACAACGUAUGGAGAAACAGGUCAAGACUUACAUCAAGGCCCUGAAGAAGUCCAUCAAUCAAGAGCGCUUCCUCAUCCGAGUUGCUGGUUUGGAAUACGAGGUGGCCCAGAAACUUCCACAAGCUGCUCCCAUUCAAGAGAACUGUGGCCCAGGCACAGAAAGAGACAGCGGGCGAUGUGUCAGAUGCCUGCCUGGCUCAUACUACCACGGUGAGCAGGAGCGUUGUGUUCAGUGUCCGCCCGGCACCUUCCAGGAGAGGGAGGGCCAGCUGGCAUGCGACCUGUGUCCGGGCAGUGACGGCCACGGUCCUGUCGGGGCAAGAAAUAUUUCCUCAUGUGCAGGCCAAUGUCCCACUGGGUUCUUCUCAGGCGAUGGCUUCAAGCCUUGUCAACCGUGUCCUCAGGGCACAUACCAGCCAGAUUUGGGUCGGACAUUGUGCUUUCCUUGCGGGGGAGGACUGAGCACCAAGCGUGAGGGCGCAAGCUCCUUCCACGAUUGUGAAGUCAAAGUGCAGUGUUCUCCAGGCCAUUACUACAACACAUCAGUGCACAGGUGUAUCCGCUGCCCAGUUGGAACCUAUCAGACUGAGUUUAGGCAGAACUACUGCAUUUCCUGCCCUGGGAACACCACCACCGACUUUGAUGGCGCUACCAGUGUCUCACAGUGCAAGAACAGGCAAUGUGGAGGCGAGAUGGGCGAGUUCAUGGGCUACAUCGAGUCGCCAAACUACCCGGGAAAUUACCCGGCAAAUGUGGAGUGCAUUUGGAACAUCAACCCGCCCAGCAAGCGCAAGAUCCUGAUUGUGGUGCCGGAGAUCUUCCUGCCAUCAGAGGAUGAGUGCGGAGAUGUGCUGGUGAUGAGGAAGAACUGGUCAGCUACAUCCAUCACCACCUAUGAGACGUGUCAGACAUAUGAACGGCCUAUUGCCUUCACAGCACGCUCCAGGCGCCUCUGGAUUAAUUUCAAGUCCAAUGAGGCCAACAGUGCCAGAGGCUUUCAGAUCCCUUACGUGACUUAUGAUGAGGACUAUGAGCAGCUGGUCGAGGACAUAGUACGGGAUGGAAGACUUUACGCUUCAGAAAACCAUCAAGAAAUCCUCAAGGACAAAAAACUGAUAAAGACUCUUUUUGACGUGCUGGCUCACCCAAACAACUACUUCAAGUACACCACUCGGGAGUCCAACGAGAUGCUUCCUCGCUCCUUCAUACGUCUCAUAAGCAGCAAAGUCUCUGCUUUCCUGCGACCAUACAAGUAAACACGCAUCUCCACCUCAGUUAACACCCCUCUCCUCUUACAGGCUACAUCCCGCAACUCUUAAAGGACUUCAACAUAUACAACUCGGUUGUUUUUUUUGACCUUCUGUUAAUUUCAAUGGACAAACCUGCAUAAUAAUUUGUGUUGUUUGUCAGUUUUCCUGCACAGAUCCACCGAGCAUGAGCGUUUCGUGGUCAUGUAGAAUAUGUGAGUGGGUUCGGUUUCUAUUGUGUUGUGCAAUGAGACCGUAAAAAAGGAUAGAAUGGUCUGUUUGAGACAGUAGGAGUGAUGUUGUGUUAGAGCUUGUUGUAUUUGCUUAAAUGACUGAUCUGAAUUCCAGCUCCGACUGCGACCAUUAAGUAUGACUGUAAGUGUUGUGUAAUCCCGGUUCCGUCAUGGCGUGUGUGUGUGUGUGUGCUUGAGUGUGUGUGUCCUCGAGGAGGAGCAGUUGCUAACUAAUUCAUGUCGCAGCUGCGUUCCACCUCAUUUAAAGCCUUACUAUGUUUGAGCUCUUAGAGCAGUUUUACUGUUAAAACAGUUCAUCUGUGCUGUCUAUACUGCAGCAGCCUUUUCCAUCCCGCCCAGAAUUUCUGUUGCUCUUUUUUAUUCUUUUCCAAGGCGACUUUAAAACAAAUACAAAAAAAAAAAAAGGUGGUUAAUCAUUCCAGGAACACAGAGGACAUUUUUGGAAAAAAAUAAACUAAUAACCGUGAGAGCCGCAGGAAUGAGAUGAUGUGGAAUGUGUCUCGGAGAGGGACAUGAUGUUUGCUGCUUCUUGUAAAAGGUCACUUUAAUUUUUUUCCAUCUCAUUUUGACUUCAUAGUCUCAAGGUUUCAAAUGGAAUCUCGAGAUACUUCAUUCUUGUAAAUAAUGAACAAAAGUAAGACAAGGGUUGAUUUUGUUAAACAGGACCCCAGAAUCCCAGAAUCUUGCCCAUUUCAAAUCCAAAGACCACCAAGUCCUUCAAGUCAUGAUUGGUCUGUCCCAGUGCAGACAGCUCUUCCAAAGAGGGCCCAAAAGGGUAAAGGUUGUUUUGUACACGAGAUCCGCAGCCCCUCAUUCUACCUUGAUACUAAAAGUGCAAUGAAUAAACACAAAUAUCACACCUUGAAUUCGCUUCAGAUGUGACGUAAAAAAAUAAUUUGGGAGGCCCAUUUUACGAAAUGUUAAGAGAGGACCUUUACUGCUAUAGUGCAGAGACAUAAAAGUCAAAAUUGUAAAAAAAAAAAAAAAAAUUAUAUAUAUAUAUAUAUACAGGUAAAAGCCAGUAAAUUAGAAUAUUUUGAAAAACUUGAUUUAUUUCAGUAAUUGCAUUCAAAAGGUGUAACUUGGCACCCCCAAACCAUCACUGAUGGUGGAAACUUUACACUAGACUUCAGGCAACGUGGAUCCUGUGCCUCUCCUGUCUUCCUCCAGACUCUGGGACCUCGAUUUCCAAAGGAAAUGCAAAAUUUGCAUGGUUGGGUGAUGGUUUGGGGUGCCAUGUCAUCUGCUGGUCUCGGUCCACUCUGUUUCCUGAGAUCCAGGGUCAACGCAGCCGUCUACCAGCAAGUUUUAGAGCACUUCAUGCUUCCUGCUGCUGACCUGCUCUAUGGAGAUGGAGAUUUCAAGUUCCAACAGGACUUGGCGCCUGCACACAGCGCAAA